CCACCAUACACUUUGGAAUUUCAUUAAAUGCAGUGAGGAGAUCUAUUAAACAAUCCGUAGUUUAUUAAGAUCCAAAUUGUUUAAAAACGUUCUUAAAAUAUACUUUAAAUAAAGUAAUAUUUAAAUCUAGGGAAAGCAGGGAACUAAGCAUUUUAAGGUUGGUAGAGUAACUGACGUAGGAUGCCGAGCGCUUUGCCGAGCCUUGGCGUAGAUUGCCGAGAAAAAUAGGGAAGGGGAAGAUAAAUGCAAUGGAGAACGAGGGCGUUUUCCUAAAAAAGUGUUUGAAAAGUGAGAUAAUUUACAGUCGACUUACUCAUGAUCAAUAUAAUAUAAUAUGUGCCAAAAUUCUGAACUUGUUCCCAAAUGAAAUAGCCCAAACGUUUUACUAUUCAGGUGAAAGAAUUAACAAUUUGGCAGUACAGGCCAAAGGUAAAUUAGUCUAUAAAGCUCACAAUAUUUUGUACCAUAGUCCUGACAAAUUGUACGUAAGAAAAAGAAAGAAUUGUAGUGUACUUGAGGAUAUUAAUAAAAAGAAAAUUAGGAAGGACACUGAAGAUGAAAAGAAUGCUGUGAUUUGGCUCAAACAUAACAGAGAACCAUGGGAAGAUGUUUUUAAAAAUUGGAAACUAACUUAUAAUUUAAGAUCAGGCGCUACAAAUUUUAAUUCAGUGGUAGAGUUCCUUAGAGAAUGGCCGAUUAUUUCGGAUCCAAGGGCAGAUUCUUUGAUUGAAUCAGACUUUGCAGUAAUGCACCCUGGAAAAGAUUUAAUGUUUAAAUUUUUGUUGUCGUAUAAUUCAUUUUGUAAUUUAUAGAAUUUAUUUUUU